AGGUGUUUUAGGUCUGGCCAUCUGGCGCAACAUUGCAAGAGUGGAGCGAAAUGUUUCAAAUGCGGACAAGAUCACAGCAAAGAUAUUAUCUGCUCAGGGCUGGUCUGUGCUAACUGCAAGGGGGAACAUGCUGCCACCCACCCGCAGUGUGAGGCCAGGAAAAAAGCGUACGCCAUUCAAAAGUGUAUGACACUGGAAAACCUAACUAGAGCUGAGGUCAAGGCUAGAUAUCCGAUCCUUUUUGAUAGAACUUUCCCCAACCUAAGGGAUCAAGGGGAAUUUCCUAGACCCAGUUGGCAAUCUAACCGCUCCCCUGAAUUCUUAAAUAACAGCUUAGAGUCCGCCAGGGAAAUUCAUUCUGUCACCUCUUUCGCGGAAGUGACCAAAUCCAAUAGGGUUGCCGCCCGGAACGCAGAGGCGGCCAAGGCAGCAGCCAACAUGGCAGAGUGGAAGAACUCAAUAAACUCAGACUACGUCCAAAUGAGCGAGAAAUUUGUGAGAUCUUCAUCCGUGGCAUCUUCUCUGGCCCAGGAUAAGCUAAACGCACUAGGAGCCAAACUCACAGCGUUCCUGAUUGAUCCAAACAACAUCAUUAAAGGGGAUUCUUUAGCGAAUAAAUUUAUUAAGGAAAUUAGAGAAUUUGUCAAUGCUUCCAACGCAGAACUAGAUAGGCGUCAGAUUGCCCAAGGGAUGGCAGUUGGUUCUCAAAACACCCAACAAUGAAGAUUCUUCAGCUAAAUAUUCAAAGUCUGACACACAACAACAACAAACAGCUCCUCUCAAUGUUCCUAGACAAGAACGCAAUAGAUGUUGCCAUCCUCUCAGAGAUUUGGGUGUUGAACAACGCGGACUGCAGCAUUUUAGACUAUAACUUUUUCUGCAGGCCCAGAGAGGACGGCUACGGCGGGGUUGGCAUCUACGUCAGGAAAAACAUUCAAUUCAGCAUUUUAAAAAUAGAGAACGACUUGGAAAUUUUAGGAAUAAAAACAUUAAACCUCAAGAGCAAUUUCAAUAUUUUUAGCAUAUAUGCACCGCCAUCAACAACAGUUUCACAGUUUAAAUCGGGCACAAAAAAGUUUUUCGAAUUCGCGGCUUCGCUUGACAUACCCUCAAUAGUGGGCGGGGACUUCAACGCUAGGUCUUCUAUCUGGGGAAGUCCGAUCUGUGAUCGCAAGGGUCGCAGCAUUGAGAAUUCCACCCGGGAGGCCGGAUUUAUCUGCCUAAACGACGAAAUGGAACUAUUAACUGGCAAGUCCUCAAAACAAAAAUUACGAACAGCAACCACUUCCCAAUUGUAUUAUCAGUGCAAGGCCUAAAUGCCCCCCUCCAAGGCAAGAAGAUCCUUCACAACAGAAUAGCCCGGAUUCUGGGUGCAAGUGAUUUCUCAAAUCUGGAGGAGCUCAAUGAAAAAGUGAAAUCCCUGACCUUAAAAAACACGGUCACAUUCCCAAGCAAGAACAAGUACGUUGCUAAGAAAUGGUGGAACGAGGAAACGGAAAAACUUUUUCGCGUGAGAAACGCUUGCAGGCAAAAAUUCUACCUCACCAAAAAAUUGGCUGAUGCCAGAGCAACCUUAGAA